AUGUCCCUGCCCAAACCCCUCCCAACUCGCCCCCUGGGUACGGGCGGCCCUUUGAUUCCGGCGAUGGGGAUCGGAAUGAUGUCCCUGGGCCACGCGUACGGGUCGGCAGGCGGCGACGAGGAGCGGUUUGCCUUCCUGGACGCCGUGCACGCGCUGGGCGCCACCCACUGGGACGACGCCGACCUGUACGGCGACACCGAGACGCUGCUGGGCAAGUGGUUCACCGCGAACCCGGACAAACGCAAGGACAUCUUCCUCACCACCAAGUUCGGCUUUGCAGGCCAGGACGCCAGCGGCGCCUAUGUCGUCCGCAGUGACCCGGAGUGGGUGCGGGCCGCGUGCAAGGCCAGUCUGGACAAGUUGAAGUCGGACUGGAUCGAUCUGUACUAUUGCCAUCGCGUGGAUGGGAAGACGCCCAUCGAGGAGACGGUGAAAGCCAUGGUUGAGUUGAAGAAUGAAGGCAAGAUCCGGUACCUGGGUCUCAGCGAAGUGUCGGCCACGACGCUCCGGCGCGCCCACGCCGUGCACCCCAUCUCGGCGCUGCAGAUCGAAUACUCGCCGUGGGCACUGGAGAUCGAGACCAACGGGGUGUUGCAGGCGUGCAAGGACCUGGGCGUCGCGCUGGUCGCAUACUCGCCGCUGGGCCGGGGCUUCCUGACGGGCACCAUCAAGUCGCCCGCCGACGUGCAGGGGGACUGGCGCGCGAUGAUGCCGCGGUUCCAGCCCGAGAACUUUGACAAGAACAUUGCGCUGGUGCGGCAGAUCGAAGACCUGGCGCGCCACAAGGGCCUGUCUACCAGCCAGCUCGUGCUGGCCUGGCUGCGCAGGCAGUGGGACGGCGUGCACCUGCUCCCUGGGACGCGGAGCGCCGAGCGCGUCAAGGAGAAUCUCGCAGCCUUGCUCGUCGAGCUCACCGACGAGGAAGACCGCGCCAUUCGACGCGCCUGCGAGGAGUGUACUGUCGUCGGGCUUCGCUACCCCGAGGCCAUGGCGUAUAUGCAGCUUGGGGAGACGCCCGAGCCGGAUAAGUGA